CCCAUGUCUAGACUGCAAGCUCAGGCUUCCGAGGAUGGCUUGCUAAGAUCUCGUAUUGCUACUUAUAUCGCUUUGAGGCCGCAUGCUGUCUUUGAUGUCAAGUCAAUCGCAACCGAACUCAAGCAAGAUGCCCUAAAAGGACGUCUCCUAGGUUCCCCUUGCUCGCUUAUCGGAGCCCUCUCUGUCUCUGGUUAACUCGAGCGGACUGUUUCCGCGUGUCGACGAGCUCCAGCUCAUAUGUUCUUCAGCAAUUUUGCGCAGAGAUCGUCGGAUUACGGAAUCAGAGGGACCCGGUCCGUGCGUCAACUCGAUGCAAGCGUGCAGGCCAGCAGCAGCGAAGAUGGCGCACUGAGAGAGGCGAUCCUCCAGGUUGUUUCAAUCUGGCUCAACAGACUCUCGCUCGUCAGCGGCAUUGCAUCCUUCUUCGCCUCCAUUGACUCGCUCCUAUUUUCCCUCGCCAGCACCUCGACGCACCUCGGUGACCCGGAGACUCCAUGGAGUGCCACGGACAAGCUGACGACCGCCAGCUUCGCGGGCGCCCUCAUAUUCCAUGUCUGCUCCGCCAUACUCGCAUUCAUCGCGUCAUUCGUGCUCGUCAGGCUGCAGCUGCUUGACGCAGACGACCAAGAGGCUGACGCAGAGACUACGAGCGCGACCGAGCGCAAGGCUAUGCAGGAUCCUGAACGCCUCCAACCGGAAUCUGGCUCUACGAACGGACAUCGAACCUCUACGUCCGCCGGAGAGCAAGGCACGGCCAAGGUAGCAGAAGCUCGUAUCAAGGACACGCCUGACCCAACCGCCGCUGUUCUCUGCCGUGUCACCGUCAAGCGCAUGCAUCCUCUAUCCUACCUCGCGCUUCCGGUUCGGCAGCGAUUGGUGGUCACUCCGAAACCUGCCACGCCAGACGCGAUCCUCAAUCCGCCUAUCGAGCUCCUGGAACGUUGUCACACUCUCGCGGUGUGGAUGUCCGUGGCCGGCUUCGUGCUCGGCGUGAUCGGCAUAUUGGCAUAUGCAUGGGUCGCCACGCCGUUGGCGUCGAACAACUCAUCCACCAUCACGUCGAACAACGCAGUAAACCCGGUUCCCUUGGGACUACCAGCCCUCGCAGGAUCUCCCCUUCUCCAGUACGACCGAGCAGACCGUUGCUUCGUCACCACCACAAGAAGGACUCCCAUCUAUCCUCGAGGCGGCUCCUGGGUUCGCGCAGAAGGCUCUAACCCGCAGAUCGUCGCCCAUCAACAGCUUGUCAGCUAUUACCAGAGACACCCUCCCGCUCACCCAGAAGAUGUAUUCGCCACCCUACGAAUCAACGUCGAACCAGCACAAACAACAGAGAACCUACAGUCACCUGUUAACGAACAACCGUUCGAGCUCCUGGACGUUCAGUACGUUCCCAUCAAGGCUCCAGAACUACCACCAGCUCCAUCUGCACCAACCAACGCACCGGUUGAAGUCCCUAUGGCAACGUUCACUCAAGCAGACAUCGAUCAGCGCAUCGCUGUUGCCCUUUCAGCAUACCAAUCCCAACAGUCAACUGCCAACCGACCCCUUCGCCUUGACAUCCCCGCUCCCGAACCUUUCAGCGGAAAGGCGGAGGACCUCAGACACUUCAUCCAAUGCGUCCUCUCCUACUUCGUCGCCACCAACAACACCAGACUUAGCGAUGAAGCAAAGAUCGCCUUCACUGUAGCGUUGAGGAAGGACCUAGGGAAGACAUGGGCAGACACAUACUACGAGAAGUCGGCAGGGGGAGUCCAGGUCUAUCCCGAUUGGGCAGCCUUCGCCACCGCCCUCGAGGAAGCGUUUCCUGAGCACGGAACGCGAAUCAAGGCACACCAAAUCCUGAUGAAACUGCCUGAACGACAGAAGAACAAGAAGACAGCACUCUCCCUUGAAAACUACGUCACCCGCUUCGAGCAGCUAGCGUCGAAAGCCCAGCUCAAGGACGCCGAAGUCAAUGGCGUCAACCGCACCGAGAACGACUACCACACUCUUCAUGCCAACUUCGUCAAAGGACUUCCAAAGGAGCUCUACAUCUCUCUCACAACCAGGGUCGCUAGGGACCGACCCAGCACCAUGAAAGCCUGGUACGAUGAAGUCCGAAACACUGACGCCGCCAAACAAGGGGCCCUCACUGUCACAGACACCAGGGACUAUGGCGAGCCAAUGGAUAUCGACGCCGCCGCAGUCGCGGCAACCUUUGCCCCCACGUCGGGAGGAAGGAAGUGGGAACUAGGAGCAGUUCUCAAUGAGGCCGACCGGAAGCUCCACAGGGACGGGAACCUGUGCUUCUACUGCCACAUCAAGGGCCACAGCGCCAAGGAUUGCCGCAAGAAAGCGGCUGCACGACAAGGGGGUGGGAAGCCGAACCAGGGAGGAUCUGGAAAGGACGACUUCCGCGCCAGAAUCAAGGCACUCUCCGUGUCAUGA